UCCUCUCUUCUGUUCUCUCUCAGAAUUGUUCCGAGCUGGGUAAGCGUGCCCCCACUCCGAUCCGAGAGAAGGAGGUGACCCUGUGUAUGAAGUGCCAGGAGCCAUUCAACUCCAUCACCAAGAGACGUCACCACUGCAAAGCCUGUGGACACGUGGUGUGUGGGAAGUGUUCAGAGUUCAGGGCCCGUCUGCUCUAUGACAACAACAGGGCUAACAGGGUGUGUAUCGACUGCUACACUGCCCUAGUGGGAGUUCCCCCAUCCCCGGCCAGCCUGACCUGCAGCAUAAACAGACGACGGUCAAUACUAGAGAAACAGGCGUCGGUGGCUGCAGAGAACAGUGUGAUGUGUAGCUUCCUCCACCACAUGGAGAAGGGAACAGGCAGAGGCUGGCAGAAAGCCUGGUUUGUCAUCCCAGAGAAUGAACCACUGGUGCUGUACAUAUACGGUGCUCCUCAGGUGAGAUUACCUGUUAUUACACCUCUAUUAACCUAUUAUUACACCCCUUAUUAACCUGUUAUUACACCUCUAUUAACCUGUUAUUACACCCCCUA